ACAUCAAUUUCAAAUACGUAUACGGAUACGUAACACACACUAUUUAUACCAAACGUGCUCAUUUAGAAACCAUUUAGGGAAGCACGCUGUAGAGAUUAACUUUCAGUGGAAUUGGAUAUCCGCUGAGUCAUCGUCACAAGUACCGACAACAUGGACUGCCAGGACAAGGACCCUGCAGAGGAGCCCACCACAGCUGGGGAGAAGACCACCAUGAACACAUCAAUGACAACGGAUUCAACAUCGAUCGAUGAGCUCUUCGAUUUUAUACGGGAAGCCCCCAUUGGCGACAGAAACGAACCGACAACCAGUGCCAGCGAACAUACCAUAACCAUGAGCGAAAGCGAGGAGCCUACGGCCAGCUCCUCAUUCACCGUUCCCUCGGUCGAUGUCCCAAGCAACGAGGGCAACAACAGCUUGGUGGCUGUUGUCCAGCGCAGCGAGUUCGCCAAACUUUUGAUGCGCCUGGGCGAGGAGGGAGACGGCGAUGCGAACCAGAUUGUAAUAGAGCUUCUUAACUCCAAGAAGCAAGCGGAGAAGGCCACAUCGGUGAUCGAGCGCGUAUCGGAGAACCUUAUGCUCGUGCUGCGCACCCAGACUCUAGCCGAAGCGGGCAUUAUAACAGGCAAUGAGCGAUAUCGCUCCUUUAAGUCUGUCCUACAGAACUAUGCCAAGCUCUACGCGGCUAAGCGAUUCAUUGAGAAACUCCCUAUGCUGGGACUAUCGCCACAGUCGAGCCAGGACCACGGUCAGGAUCAGAAUGAGAACGACAAGACACUGGCUCGCAUGGUGGCCGACGAGGUACUGCAGAUACCCGAACUACUACGCCAGCUCUGGGCCUCCCUCGAGAAAAUGGAGUUCUUCAACGAGGACACUGCCUACAAAGUUUACUUGGAAGCUCGCCGCCAUCCCCAGGCAAAAAUUCUCCGUGAACUGAUGUUAACACGCAUAUCGCGUGUCUACCUCUGCAUUGUCAGCUCUGCAUCCUUCCUCGACUUUAGCGAGCACGAACUAAUCCACGUGCUCAACAACUGCUACCUCAGCGUGAACUCCGAGAUAGAGAUAUUCCUCUCGGUCAUACUCUGGCUGGAACACAAUUGGUACGAGCGCAAGAGCUGCGCUGAGCGAGUCUUGAGUGGGGUCCGAUUCGGCCUGAUGCCCACCUGGUACCUUUAUACCCUGGAUAGAACAAAUCGUUGCAAUCACUUUGCCAAGGUCAUCUAUAGUAAGGGUGUUCAGACCCUUCUAGAAAAGGGACUAGAGGAAGCCUUGGCUCUGCGUUACAAAAACUCGCGUGCCACCAACUCCAAUGAUAUAGAGAUUCCUUUGCCUCGUGACUGGGUUGCCGAUCCCGAGUGUCGCCAUCAUCACAAGUGUCAUUGUGAACGAUUUAUCUAUCCGACAUAUGACGUAUUCAAGGAUUAUCUGGCCAGGAUCAUACGAUCCGCACCGAAUUACUGGCGCACACUUCGACCUGCUCAGGAAGUCUACCGGAAGGUACUCAAGUGCUGCGCACCCCCCUACCAGACACAGCGACGAACCUAACCAUAUCGUUGACAUCAGUUGUCUCAUCUCUCUACACCAAUCAUAAUAGCUCCCAAAUUUAUUGUUUUAUCCAUUCUGGCGUGCUUAACUGCAAAUCAUUUUUAAGUGUUGAAUAAAGGUUGGAAUAAGUUGGGAGUCGUUA